AUGUCUAACCAAGUUCCCUACCCCUACAACACCGAACUCUAUGUCCCUAUAGACAAGCUGAGCCGCACUCCAAGCGGACGAGUUUACGACCCUGCUGGAGGUCCUCUUCGUAAGAGAGCCAAAGCUUCCGGGAGCUCUAAAUCUCGAAAGUCUCGGGGCGAGAGCAGCCGCAGCCAAGAAGCCCCAACCCAAGAAGACCAGACCGUUGGGCAAUCACCCCGUCAAUUUCACCCCAGGGUCAACGACAACUUCAUCGCGAACGUGAGACGUGUGCUAGGCGAGGACUAUGUCAGCCUCUGGAACAGCUUGGAGGAGAUGAUAGCGCACAUGGUGGAUGAUUUCACAACUAGAGGCGGUCGAGUCCAUCUGGGCCGAGCCUGGACUCCGGAAGAGCUCGAAAAGUCUGCUAGGUUGCAGGUCUGGCAGGUGCCCGAUGAAGUCGUCGAGAACAUACUCGGCUGGCCGCACCAACGUCUGACUGAGGAACAGAAGCAGCUGGCCCAAGCCUAUAUCCGGGAUGAGAUGGCUCGUUUGAUGUAA